GCACAGGCGACGGCAGGCGUAGCCUCGUCUCCGGCCCUGCCUCCGCCCCGCCCAGGCCGCCAGCGCCGGCGGGUUCCGGGUCCUAUGACCGGUCAGGCGGCGUGGGCGGGCGCGGCAGAGCGCGGAACGACGUCGGGGAAGUCUCCUGGGCCGGAGGGCGAGAGCUGGGAGCGCGGCUGGGCAGGGGUCCCCGCGCGGAGCCCGAGCGCGCCCCGGAGCCGCGGAGCUCAUGGCGGGCGGGGCAGCCGGGGACCCGGGCCAGGGAGCGGCCGCCACCGCGGCGCCGGAGACCCGCGAGCACCUCUUCAAGGUGCUGGUCAUCGGCGAGCUCGGGGUGGGCAAGACCAGCAUCAUCAAGCGCUACGUCCACCAGCUCUUCUCCCAGCACUACCGGGCCACCAUCGGCGUGGACUUCGCGCUCAAGGUCCUGAACUGGGACAGCAGGACGCUGGUGCGCCUGCAGCUGUGGGACAUCGCGGGGCAGGAGCGGUUUGGCAACAUGACCCGAGUGUACUACAAGGAAGCUGUUGGUGCUUUUGUGGUCUUUGAUGUAUCAAGAGGUUCCACAUUUGAGGCAGUCUUAAAAUGGAAAAGUGAUCUGGAUAGUAAAGUUAAUCUUCCAAAUGGCAGCCCUAUUCCUGCUGUCCUUUUAGCGAACAAAUGUGACCAGAAAAAGGACAGUGCCCAGAAUCUUCCCCAAAUGGACCAAUUCUGCAAAGAACAUGGCUUCACUGGAUGGUUUGAAACCUCUGCAAAGGAUAACAUAAACAUAGAUGAAGCCGCCCGAUUCCUAGUAGAGAAUAUUCUUGCGUGCCACCAAAGUUUUGCUAAUGAAGAAAAAGAUGUUGAUACGAUUAAACUGGAUCAGGAGGCCGCAAAAGCAGAGAGUAAAUCCCAGUGUUGCUGAAAUUGCUUCUGCAUCUCAUGUACCUGCCUCAGUUCUGAGCACGUUCCUGAGACUGGGAUACUGAUGGUAUGCCGUGCUGUCAAUCUUCCCACGGGCAGCACUUCAAAAUGGCAGCACCACUGGGCACCUAUGCUUUUUUAGAAAAUGGAAUGUUUGGAGAAGUUUCCCUGCUAGUGGUCUGCACCUUCACAGAUGACAAUUAGGCUUUUGUUGUUAUUGUCAUCAUAUUAAGGAUAAUGUUUACAUCCUUUUAAACACUUUUACUAUGACAAUUUCUCAGGAUUCGGUAAGACUUCCAAUUUAUGUGCAGUCCUAAGGUCAUUCUGAGCCUGCAUUUUGUCUCCAUAUUCCGGCUUCACUUUUGAGUGAGGUUUUCAGAUUCUGUUAGCCACAAAGGUUUGAAGUCUUUGUUUAGCAAUUUUCUAUUCAAAAUUUUGGUACAUCAUGUAAAAUUGUUAUCCUUACAUAUAAUUUCACCACUCAUAGUUGGUGUGGCAUGUGGUCACUCCUCUUAAACACAUUAAGAUGCCCUCCUUCAUUAUUCAAAAAGUACUCACACCACACCUGUAGCAUGAUUUCUCCUUCUGGAUCAGGUUGCUACAACUUGGAAACAAUAUAAAUGAAUGUUUCUUCUUCUCUCUCCCUAGUCCUAUCUCUACUCUUCCUACUGUGGGUUUAUGUUCAUAACUGAGGGCCUGAUUCAUAUCACUAUUGUAAUUCUCUCUGCUGGAGUUAGUCUUCUCAAAUAUGGAAUGGUAAUGGUCGAGAGAGAAUUUAUUUUAAAGCGUAUAUAAUUAAAUUUGAGCUUCUAGAAUAUGAAUUGUGAAAGAAACUAGGUCAUGUAUGGUUUUAUAUAAGAUUUGGGACAUUAAAGUAUAAUACCUUAGAAACUUAAGGCAGACUCACGAUGUAUUACCAUUUAACCCAGUGAAGGAAAAGAAAAAAUAUUUUGACUGAAGACAUUUUUUGAAUUAAUGGAAUUCAAUAAAAAUAGUAUGGGAUACACUUUUCUGCCUUAGAAAACUUUGUGUCUGUUCAUUUUUACCCUUUAUUUUUAAGGAUUAGAUAUUGCUCUGCAGGUUCCAAUUUAUUUGUAUCAAAGAUAUUUUGAGUUUUGUGACACAAUCCAAAGCUAACACAAAAUGAGAUAUUGACCAAAUUUGUCUUAUACAUUUAGUGAACUGGAAUGGAAAAGAUCCAUGCAUUUAUUGAGAGCAAGGGGGGAAAAAGAGCUAGUGUAGAAUUGCCUUUAUGCUGACUGGCGUAUUCUAGGAAUAAAUGUAGUUGUCAUGAACCAUGAAAUGGACCUUUCUCUUCUCAUAAAUAACAAAUAUGUUUAUAGGUUAUAUAUUUAAGUAAAAAUAACCACUUUGUCCUCUUUGGACAUGUAUCUAUGUAGAACCAGAUUUUCUGAGGUAAAAUAAUA